GAAAUUUAAUCAGCUUUACUUCUCCCUUCAGCCUCAACUGACUUGGAUUUCCUUGAGUUCGGUGUCUAGGGAGCCAAGUGUUGGGCUGUGGAAGGUAGAUGGAUGCUCCAGGGAUAGAAUCAAUAAACACUCAGUGGUCACGGUUCUGUUCUGAGUUCGAGGACACAGAAAGAGGCAUGAGGUGGUUUUCAGCCUAAGUGGGGUGGUAGGGGAGAGGAGAAGGAAGCGGACAAGUCCAGGAGGCAGUUCCAGAACCUGAGAGCACAAUCCUGCGUGAUCUCACUGCAGGGCCAGGAUUCUGGAACUUGAGUUGCCUGAUAGACCCUAUACGAAAGAUGUAGUAGGGAAAAGAAGCGACAGCUGGCUAAAGGGGCCCCCCACCCUAGGAGAGCAGCCUCUCUCCGCUGUCCCAGGGUGCCAUGGAGAUGGAGAGCGCGGCGGCCUCCACACGUUUCCACCAGCCUCACAUGGAGAGGAAGAUGAGUGCGAUGGCCUGUGAGAUCUUCAACGAGCUUAGACUAGAGGGCAAGCUCUGCGACGUGGUCAUCAAGGUCAAUGGCUUUGAGUUCAGUGCCCAUAAGAACAUCCUCUGUAGCUGCAGUUCCUACUUUAGAGCUUUGUUUACAAGUGGCUGGAACAACACUGAAAAGAAGGUAUACAACAUCCCUGGCAUUUCUCCCGACAUGAUGAAGCUGAUCAUUGAGUAUGCAUAUACCCGGACCGUGCCUAUCACACCAGACAAUGUGGAGAAACUGCUUGCUGCCGCGGAUCAGUUUAACAUCAUGGGUAUCGUCAGGGGUUGCUGCGAGUUCCUCAAGUCGGAGCUGUGCUUGGAUAAUUGUAUCGGCAUCUGUAAGUUCACAGACUACUACUACUGUCCUGAGCUGAGGCAGAAGGCCUACAUGUUCAUACUGCACAACUUCGAGGAGAUGGUGAAAGUCUCUGCAGAAUUUUUAGAGCUCUCGGUCACUGAACUUAAGGAUAUCAUCGAGAAAGAUGAGCUCAAUGUCAAACAGGAAGAUGCUGUAUUUGAGGCCAUUUUAAAGUGGAUUUCUCAUGACCCCCAAAAUAGAAAGCAGAACAUUUCAAUUUUGCUUCCUAAGGUUCGCCUGGCCCUAAUGCAUGCUGAGUACUUCAUGAACAAUGUUAAGAUGAAUGACUAUGUCAAAGACAGUGAGGAAUGCAAACCAGUCAUCAUUAAUGCCCUAAAGGCCAUGUAUGACCUCAACAUGAACGGACCCUCUAAUUCUGAUUUCACCAACCCACUCACCAGACCCCGCUUGCCCUAUGCCAUCCUCUUUGCAAUUGGUGGCUGGAGUGGUGGGAGCCCCACCAAUGCCAUUGAGGCAUAUGACGCUCGGGCAGACAGAUGGGUGAACGUUACUUGUGAGGAAGAGAGUCCCCGUGCCUACCAUGGGGCAGCCUAUUUGAAAGGCUAUGUGUAUAUCAUUGGGGGGUUUGAUAGUGUAGACUAUUUCAAUAGUGUUAAGCGUUUUGACCCAGUCAAGAAAACUUGGCAUCAGGUGGCCCCGAUGCACUCCAGACGUUGCUAUGUCAGUGUGACAGUCCUCAGCAAUUUUAUUUAUGCCAUGGGAGGAUUUGAUGGCUAUGUGCGUCUAAACACUGCUGAACGUUAUGAGCCAGAGACCAAUCAAUGGACACUCAUCGCCCCCAUGCACGAACAGAGGAGUGAUGCAAGCGCCACAACACUCUAUGGGAAGGUCUACAUAUGUGGUGGGUUUAAUGGAAACGAGUGCCUGUUUACAGCGGAAGUGUACAACACUGAAAGUAAUCAGUGGACAGUCAUAGCACCCAUGAGAAGCAGGAGGAGUGGAAUAGGCGUGAUUGCUUAUGGAGAACAUGUAUAUGCAGUAGGUGGCUUUGACGGAGCUAAUCGACUUAGGAGUGCAGAAGCGUACAGCCCUGUGGCUAACACUUGGCGCACAAUCCCCACUAUGUUUAACCCUCGAAGCAAUUUUGGCAUCGAGGUGGUGGACGACCUCUUGUUCGUGGUGGGUGGCUUUAACGGUUUUACCACCACCUUUAAUGUUGAGUGCUAUGACGAAAAGACCGAUGAGUGGUAUGAUGCUCACGACAUGAGCAUAUACCGCAGUGCUCUGAGCUGCUGUGUAGUACCAGGGCUGGCCAAUGUUGGGGAAUAUGCAGCUAGACGGGACAACUUCCCAGGAUUAGCACUGCGAGAUGAAGUAAAAUAUUCUGCUUCGACAAGUACCCUACCUGUAUGAGCCUCUUCAUUUAGCUAA